CUGUAUAUAUUAUAAAUGAAAAUGUUUAUGAUACAUUUGAGGAAGCAGUAAGACAACUUGAAUUAUUAGAUAAAGAAAAAAAGGCUUAUAAACUUUUAAAAGAUCAUUUAAGUGAUUUAGAUAAAGAUUAUUUAAAUGAACAACAACUAUUUAAAGAUACUGAAGAUUUAUCUGAAGAAGAUUUUACAAUUAUAAUCACAAAAAAAUUAAUAAAUAUUGAAAAAUAUCUAUUACCUUAUAAAAAAUGUUUAACUAAUUAUAGUAUUUCUCCUUCUAAUUAUUUUUUACUUGAAAAUAAUAGAGAAUUUACAAGAUCAGAUUUAAUAAUAAAAGAACUUAAUUAUAAUUCUGAUAAAUUAAAUACUCUCUUAAACAAUGAAAAUGAUUUAAAUAUUGAUCAAAAAAACAUUUAUAAUAUAAUAAUUCAAGCUUUUAAUAAUGAAAUAGAUGAAACA